GUCAUUUCCGGUCUACGUCGUUGCUAAGUAACAGCGCCUAUGCGUUUCGUUCGCCCGGUCAACAGAAGCUAACUAAGUAAAUACAUGCUAAAGAAGUUGAUAACACGUGAAAUUUCAACCAAUUUGAACUAUCAAACUGCUUUGUGGAGUCAUGACAGCCAUCAAAGACGGAGAGUACACGGCUACAAUCUACGGACUGAUAAAAGACGGACAAUAUGUAGAGGCAAUUCACAUUUUAAAUGGCCAACUUCAGAAACACAUGAAGUCCAGGGCAGCACUUUCUCUCCUGGGUUUCUGCUACUAUCACAUCCAGGACUUCAGUAACGCGGCUGAGUGCUACGAGCAGCUCACCCAGCUGCACCCAGAGGUGGAGGAGUACAAGGUGUACUAUGCCCAGUCUUUGUACAAAUCUGGGGCAUAUCCUGAAGCCACCAAAGCCUCAUUUGCUCUGGACAACACUGACAGUCAUAUUAAGAUGGUGAAACUGCAAGCCUCUGUCAAAUAUUGUGAGGAAGAUUAUUCUGCUGCCAAGUCGUUGUUGGAGCAGCUUCCACCCAACGACCCGGAUUACAUCUACAACAUGGGCUGUCUGCUCUACCAGGAAGGCAAAUAUGAAGAGGCCUCCAAGAAGUUUAUGAAUGCCAAGGAAAUGCUGGGAAAUGUGCCAGUGUUGAUCUACAACAUCGCCCUGACCUUCUACAGCCAGAAGAACUACCCCCAGGCCCUCAAGUACAUCACAAUGAUCAUAGAGAAAGGAAUCCAGGACCAUCCAGAGCUGAGUAUUGGGAUGAAAACCGAAGGCAUCGACAUGCACAGUGUUGGCAACACGUUGGUCCUGCACGAGUCAGCUCUAAUUGAAGCCUUCAAUCUCAAAGCAGCCAUUGAAUACCAGCUGAAGAACAUGAAGGGAGCUCAGGAGGCUUUGACAGACAUGCCCCCCAGAUCAGAGGAGGAGUUGGACCCAGUGACGUUGCACAACCAGGCUCUGAUGAACAUGGACACGAAGCCUUCUGAAGGUUUUCAGAAGCUAGCUUUCCUCCUGCAGCAGCCUUCCUUUCCUCAUGUCACCUUUGGGAAUCUGCUGUUGCUCCACUGCAAACAUGAGUACUUUGACCUGGCAGCUGAUGUCCUGGCAGAAAACGCUCACCUCACCUACAAGUUCCUGUCUCCAUACAUGUAUGAGUUUCUAGAUGCCUUGUUGACGUGUCAAACUGCCCCAGAGGAGGCAUUCAGGAUGUUUGAUGAGAUGAGCAGCAAGUUAACGGAGCAGCUUCGUAAGCUGGCCAAGCAGUUACAGGAGGCGAGGCUGAAUCGAGACGAUGAGGCACAGAAGAAAGUUCUGCAGGACUACGAUCUGAUGCAAGAGAAGUACGUCGUGGUCCUCAUGGCCCAGGCCAAAAUCUACUGGAACCAUGCGCACUUCCCAAUGGUGGAGAAGAUUUUCCGGAAGUCGGUGGAGUUCUGCAACAACAACGACACCUGGAAGCUGAACGUGGCCCACGUGCUCUUCAUGCAAAACAAAUACAAGGAGGCCAUCGGCUUCUACGAGCCUAUCGUCAAGAAGCAUUACAACAAUGUGGAGCAGUGUAACAUUCAGGAGUGUCCCUGCAAGUGCAAACCUUCGAUCCUGAGUGUGAGCGCCGUGGUUCUGGCCAACCUGUGUGUUUCCUACAUCAUGACGAGUCAGAACGAGGAGGCCGAAGAGCUGAUGAGGAAGAUUGAGAAAGAGGAGGAGCAGAUCUCCUAUGAUGAUCCAGAACAAAAGGUGUUCCACCACUGCAUCGUCAACCUGGUCAUCGGGACGCUUUAUUGCGCCAAAGGAAACUAUGACUUCGGCAUCACUCGAGUCAUCAAGAGCCUUGAGCCCUACAGUAAAAAGUUGGGGACAGACACGUGGUUCUAUGCCAAACGUUGUUUCCUGUCUCUGCUGGAAAACAUGUCCAAACACAUGAUCAUGCUGCGAGAUGCCGUGGUUCAGGAGAGCAUUCAGUUCCUGGAGCACUGCGAGGGUUACGGGAAGGAGGUACCGGCGCUCAUCGAGCAACCGCUGGAGGAGCUCCACGUUCACAUCGGAAAGAACACCGUCACCUACGAGGCUCGGUUGCUCAAAGCCCUGUUCUACGAGGUCAUCAGCUGGAACAAGUGAAACUUUUGUCACCAAAAUCACCGACUGUGUCUUUGAUCAUCAGAAAACGGAACCAACACUCGUUCCUCCUCCUCCUCCUCUCGCGUUCAGGCAGCUUUUGUAGAAAUCUCAGCUCAGAGAUUUUUUGCAACGUUAAAAUCUGUUAAAUAUAAAGUUUGUAGAAAUGACACAGA